UUUGACAAAGUAAGGGAUUUUUUUAAAACCUGCAGUUUUUUCCAAAAAAUGAUAUAUGUAGUUUGAUUAAACAUGUUUAGGUUGUACUGGUCAGAUUGUUAAUAUGUGUUUGAUUUUGGCUGUGAUAGCUAACUUUGUAAUCCUAAACAACUUUUUUGGCUGUCUCACUGCAAAAAGAACAUUUUGGCUCACUCAUUCUAUAUUGCAUUUCUGUCUCUCAUAAAAAUAUAGUAAGUUAUUGGUACAAUUUGUCAAUUAGGUGUGAACGCUGCGCUUAGUCCAAUCAGAAAAAAAAAAAACUUUUAGCUGCACCAAAGUGUUUUUAUGCGGGUCCACACGAGGUCCGCAAAAUUGUAGAAAAAGAGGGAUUUGUGGUUUGGUGCGCUGAGUGGAUAAUACGUCCCCAAUAUCUAAAUAAAAAAUAAUAAAUAAUAAAUGCAUUUAUUUAGAUAUUGGGGACGUAUUAUCCACUCAGCGCACCAAACCACAAAUCCCUCUUUUAGUAAGUUAUUGGUGACUGACCCUCAACAAUAUAUCUGGCUACAACUUCCUUCCAAAGGACACAGGGCGUUAUUAUACAGGGGAAAAUACAUGAUUUCCUUGCCAUUUUCAAGGUUUUCAAGGUCAUUUGUGAUGUAAAUUGGGGCUCAUCCUUUGGGCUGCCCAACUAAGAUUCAUAUCUUUUACCACAUUCCUCAGGUAUCAACAUGCAAAGGAGCACUGUCUGAUCCAUACAGUACUAUACAAAAUGGCAACUGGAAAAUGUGUUAUAAUAUGUGAAAAUGGAAUGGACAGUUAUUUGUAUUAUUUUGGGCAAUUGUUUCUGGGAUUAUUGCAGUCUUAACCUAAACAAAGAAGUUAUUAGCACACAUUUUUCUAUGCACCAGCCUUUAUUAAAUGUACAAGAAAUGAUGUCUUGUUAAAAUGUAACUGUGGUUUGAUGGUUACACUGGGAUUUUUUUUCAGUUGAAAUGUGAUUAUACUGUAUGUGGUAUUGUUGAUUCUGAUUAUUUAGAUUAAAAAAUGGUUUCUGAUAACUGUGCAUUUUUUUCCCAAGCAGGACACCAGUCUAGGUCAGCCAUUGUCAUCUCUAUCUGGGGAAUAGGGCAACUGGCCAGGGACUGUUUAAGACUUUUGGUGGGCUGUAGUCACAUACUUCAGUAGCGUGACUCUCAGUGCUUCUAAUAUCCAGAUGAUGUCUCUCUGAGCAUCCUCUUUAACUCCUUAGAAGCAUCUAGUACAGGAGAUCAGCUUUAAAUAUUAUAAUAUCCCAGCUGUUUCUGGUAAUAUUGACACCACGCAAGGGUCAAUUUUCAUGAAGUAAACUGAUUCCAUCCAUAAACCAACAGAGAUCUGGUCUGUGUGUUGGUUGGGUUGUUUCUGGUAAGAAUGACACCACCUGUGGGUCAAUUUCCAUGUAAUCAACUGAUUCCCUCACAAACCAAUAUAGAUAUGGUCCAUGUGUUAGAUUGGGUUGUUUCUGGUAAGUCUGACACCAAGCAUGGGUCAGUUUUCAUGUAGUAAACUGAUUCUGCCCAUGUGUGUUGGUUGGGUUGUUUCUGGUAAGAGUGACACCAAGCAUGGGUGAAUUUUCAUGUAAUCAACUGAUACCCCCAUGGAUCAAUAGAGAUCUGGUCUAUGUGUUGCUCCAACUGCUUCCAGGUUGGAUGAUGACCCCUUAAAUGCAACAGCAUGGGUAAUUGGUUAAUUAUAUUUUAAAUUUUGGGCAAAUAUCUCUGACAUGACACAGUGUUAUGUGGCCAUGAAGUUUUAUCCUCUAGAACGAUUGUAGUGGGAAGAAUACACGAAACAACAGUGGGAAGAACACACGGAGCAGCAGUGGAAGAAUUCACUCAUAAAUUAAUGAAACGGUCCCCAAUAACUUAUGUUAGACAGAGAUUUAUGUAUGAUAACUGGGGGUGAGAGUGUUAUUGGUUAAUAACUGGAGAUUCUGUUUUUGGUGUCCAAUAUUUGCUUAUUUCAUAAAUAUAUGGUUUCAUAUCCUGCUGUUCUCCCCACGUGUGUCUUCACGCAGCUGUUUGUAUUGCACAUCAAGUCUCUGUGAAUUUUUCAGAUUCUCCCACUUCCCCUUUCAAACUCCCAUCUAUUUUGCCCUGCUCUUCUGCUCAUACCUUGAGGACUGUUUAUCAAAUGAAAUUCUGCAUAUCUAAUGGUGUGUAUGUUUUUUAUAUAUACCCAUUACCUUAAGUGACUCAGGAAUCUACAAAUUGUGUUGGUAAAAUAAUUACAGUUUCCCUUUCAUAAUAAAGGUUUAUAACGAUGAAUUAUAAAUAUGUAGGGGCAGCUUAUAGAACUGCAAAAUACAACUUGGAAAUGGGAGAUUAGAAAAAUUAUGCCCUUUGGGUCCAAAGGAGCUGUGUAACCCCAUGGGUCCAAAGAAGCUGCUGAACGCCAUGGUAGUGGAUUUGCCAGUAGGGACAUUGUUGAUAUGUUCCAACACACCUCCCUUUAUGACAUGCCUAGUUGCAUGUAGGGUGGACGCAUGCGCAAUUGGAGGGUCAUCCCCUCUCCAUGAAGAUGAUCAUCUCCCUACCUUUUAACUCAUUGCAACUCUACCAUCUAGCUUACAGUAAUACAAGUCAAGAUCUUAUUAAAUCUCCAUUAGCCAACUGAACAUGGAUCUCUACCAUUGGCUGGAAAGUUUUUAAUGUGCCUGCAGUCUGCAUGAAUUCAUCCUGUGAUUGGCCCAGACAAAGCUUGGAUUGUACCACCUAACACUUCCGAAAGAUAGGAUCCGGGCUACUUUCUCUGCCUCCUCUCUUCAGCUAUGCCUUGGGGCAAAGCAACCUUUAACAUGGUUGGGCCCCAGUAAGGACAUUAUAGGGUCCCUCGACUUUAGGUUGUUGGCAAACAUGUCUCUGUGCAGAUAUAAACAUGUAUAUUAAGAAUACUGGUAGGACCCCAAAUUUCUGUUUAGAAUUUACUUUUAUCUCAGAAUUCUGCUAUCUCUGUGCCCUAUCCCCCCCUCCUUCACAUGCUAGCUAUGCGGUGCUUAGAAUUUAUACAAUAGUUUCAUGGAGACCUUUGUGGUCACACACUCACAAGAAAACUAGAAUGUAAUAAUAAUUAUUAGGGAACGAUCUAUUGUUGAAAGAUCUAGGUAAAUGCCCACCCUGCUUUGCUAAUAGAUUUCUCAUAUAAACCUGAAACUAUAAAUGACUACCUCUGUGUUACUAUUUUGUUGGGACAGGCCUGAGUCAUGAACAAAAAAGGGAUUAGCAUCAGGCAAAUGGCUGGUGUUUGGGUGCAGAUUGGAGGGAAUGGCUGGGAAGAACGAUAAAUAAAUAUUCAUAUUGAUGAAAGUCCUAUAUGGUUACCCCAUAUGUACACUCGACCACCCCACCCAUAUAAUGUCAAAAAUCGUAGAAUAUUGUCUUGAAUUUACCAAGAAUUUUUUUGAACAAGGUAUCUGUUGAUAAAAUAAUAUUGCAUUUGCCCUUCUUAUCUUUUAACUGAUUUAACCCGAUUGUGAAUUCAGACUGAUCACCGACCAUUGCAACCUGUCAUGUACUUGGAAUAUAAAAAUGAAUAAUAAAAAUGACUGUGGCUAAACGCUAAAGAUCACUGAUCCAAGCACAUGUUCCUUUCUAAGAAGUCAGCAAAUAAAUAUAAUUUAUAAGAAAAUAGACCAACUGCAAACUGGUUUGGAUGGCUAACAUCUACAACAAAAUAAAAACAUUGUUUAACAGGGGCAUUGUCCUCCAGGAAGAUAGAAUUGUUUACUAGGGGAACAUAAUGGUUUAUUGGCCACACAGAGCCUAUAGUAAUCUACUAGUGGAAGCUGCUCUAACCUCUGCGGCAGCAGCCUUGGAUUGUAAUGAUAGUCACUUUUGCUCAAUGUUAUGUCUGCAUCAUUCAGUGUGUGCUUAAUGCAAAGAGAUGUAAUGUCUGCAUGUUUAAGUUACACUCACCUAUCACCACUUUUAUUUUGCUUUACCCCCUGCCCCCUGGGGUGGAGGGUGACAUAUUUACUUGAAGAGAUGGCUAGCCAUUAGAACUAUAUGCUUGGGAGGUCUAAGCUAUCAUCAUCCUUGCCAAUGCUUGCCCCUUUACUGGUGAGUUUACUAACUGUGCCAUUAAAUUAUUACUUUCCCUGAAAACAUUUUUGACCAUCACAUAACUUGAGAGUCACUCAGACACUUGCAUCCUUUCCUUCUGUGUCUAUUUAUCGUCCUCCUAGUUUCUUCUCUGACACCCACACAGAUCUCGCUCUCUCUCUCGGUUGCACAGUGGAAUUCUCCACUAGGUUCAUAUGGUUUUGCUUCGUCUUGGAAACCCCAGCACUGAACUUCCUCUCUUUGCUUCUGUAUAAAACCUGCAGAAGCUCAGAGCUGCCUGUUAUACACUUCCACGCCCUGUCUCAAUCCAGUCUCAGCUCUGCUUCCACCAUGACCACUCUUUCCCUACCAGUGAAUUCUUCAGACCUUGAAAGCCAGGAUUCAUUGAGGAGGUGCCGGUGUCUAGACCACUGCCUGGUGAUAUCUGUGGUUCUCAUCAUACUGACUUUAGGAUCCUUUGGUGUAUAUUACAUUGGCUGGGAGAGACCAUCACCCAUCGCUCAAAAUUUAAUAGCCAAUAACAGAAAUGUAAAGUCGAGCCGAGCCCAUCUUGUGCCAAACAGCACUGCUCUGAAGAACAGAAUUUGGACCUGGUUUCCCAACGGGGUGGACACUGUGCACGUGGAUGAAGAUUUUGCCAUUUCAAGUGAUUCUACAGAGCUUGUAAUCCAUAGGACGGGCCUCUACUAUAUCUACUCCCAGAUAUCUGUGAUAUGCCGUGUCACAAACGGGUGUAAGAAGGAUGGCUUGAUUUCUCUGAACGUCUUAAGGAAUGGAGAUGAAAGUAGCCCCAUACUGACUGUCAACAUGACCCUGGAGAACGCUCACAAAACCAAGUUUUAUGGGACCACACAGUUGCUCUUUAAGGGAGAAAGCCUCAGCACCAAACUCUGGACUGACAACACAGAUAUAUCCUGGGAACUUAAUGAUAAGAACGACAAUUAUUUAGGACUCUUCAUGGUAACCGAUACUAAGGAUAUACAAAUAUCCAGUGAGCACUGAGUAAAAUCUAAUGGAGAAGAAGAACGGACUUUAUCUCCAUGCAAACAGCACUACAGGACCAUGUCUAUAUACAGUAUUUAUACAUAUAUAUCAUUAUGUUCUACUACAGUUGGGAUGAAGGAUUCUCAGUCAAAGUGUAUUGGGAUAAAGGGUUUCUCAUGCAGCAUGAGUUCUUAUAAAGGGAUUCUUAGCUUACAUAAGUUUGGAUGAAUUGAGAUCUAUGGUUUUUGGGAUGACCCGUUCUCACCACUUGUUCUUUAAAGUGGCUCAUACCCGGCUGUCUUUGUAACCCUGGUCUAUUAUCACUGUGUGAUGCUAGUAAUGCACCUGUCGUCAGAGGUUUUCUCUAGUAUCUAGAAUACGAACCUCAUAGAAUAUAGAAGUUCUCUGCCUGUGGGUUGGAACCAUCGGGUGAAUUGUACUCUUUGGUCAAAUUAAAAAUAAUGCUGAUGUGGAAUACUCUGGGAUUCUCUAAAAUUAAGUUUAUUGUCUACUGCUAUCCCCAUCCAUCUUUAUCUAUCCCUAGUAGUUGCAUUUGGAAUAUGUCUUUCUCUCCUAUUUCUCUUCCACCCCCUCCUUUACAACCCUUUAUAUUGUUCAUUAGAGAACUCCUAUUUAUUUACUGUCUUGGGCUCUCUAUUAUUCCCUUUACCUUUCUAUGUUUUCACACAACUCUCUCUUUCUCUUAUAGAGUCUCAUUCCUUCUCUCUGCUCCUCUUUAGAACCACUUGUUCAUUUCCUUUUAACCUCCGCUUUAAUUAUCUGCCUUUUUAAGAGUCCAUUUAGAGGCCAGAAGAAUAAUUCUGAAUCUAUGUGUGCAAUGCACAUCUAUAUAUUUUGCCAUUUUUGUUACAUUUAUUAUUUAUUGACUUGUGUUUUAUUUAUUAAAUUAAGCUCUGCAAUAUUACAUUUAUUUAUUACAUAUUUAUUAAAUUAUUAACAUUUA